CCUCCCACUACCUUUCCCUAGGCCUGCGUCACCGCACGCUGACACAUUCCAGGCUCGUCAGGACAGGACACCUGUGAAGGUGGGCAGCGCGGGGCUCAAUCGGUCCUGUGCUCAACUCACUAGCGUCGCCAACGUACAUACUUCGUGCCUGGGAGUAGAGCUCCAACUUCGUUCUGCUCCGAGGCUGAAGCUUCGUGUCAUCUCGUUUCCGAGCGCUCGACGGCCGUCCAACGCUGCGUCGCGCUGCCGCCGAUUGACUCAUCGCGCCGUCUGCAUACUUCUCGCCUCCCUUCUACCGCCGUCGACAAGCCACAAGCCAUGGAUUUCCUCAAGUCCGCCGUGGCAUCAGCCAUGGCCCAGGGACCUCCCUUCCCGUACACGUUUGGGGACAAGGUCGACGUUGACGAGUCCGUCUGGACCCUGUACAACGGCACGAAAAGGGAAGACGGAUCCAACUGCAGCAUCUUCUCGUUCGACAUCCCCUCCAGCAAGGGCCGCCUCCCCUUGGCCAAAAACGCGCUCAAGAAACUGCGCACGCUUCGACAUCCGGGCGUCAUCAAGGUGCUGGACACGGUUGAGACGGACUCCUACAUUUAUAUUGCGACCGAGCGAGUCGUACCCCUCCGAUGGCACGUUCGUCGAAAGAGCCUCAGCCCCGAGACGAUCAAAUGGGGACUACACAAUGUCGCGCGCACCCUCAAAUUCAUCAACAGCGACGCGUCGGCGAUACACGGAAGCAUCAAGGUCGGGUCCGUUUACACGUCCGAAAGUGGCGAGUGGAAGUUGGGUGGGUUUGAGGCUCUGAGUAGCGUCAAGGAUGAUGAAUCCGUCAUAUAUACCUAUGGAAGUUUGGUUCCAGACUCUGCACGAUAUGCGCCCCCCGAGAUCGCUCAAGGUGGCUGGGAUAUCAUCAAGAAGAACCCACACUCGGCCGUCGAUUCGUUCAACUUCGGCACGCUGAUAUUUGAGGUUUUCAAUGGGGACUACAGCGGGCGGGACCAAGCUGGGCAAACGAAGAACGUGCCUCCCACCAUGCAGUCAAGUUACAAGAGACUUUGCAAUGCCAAUCCCAAGGCCCGGAUCACUGUCGCCAGCUUCCUCGAUCAAGGUUCACGCACAGGUGCCUUCUUUGACAGCCCCCUGAUCAAGCUGACCGAGGGCAUUGACAACCUGGGAGUCAAGUCGCCCAGCGAACGAGAGGAGUUCUUGAACGACUUAGACCAGCUAAGCGACGACUUCCCGGAGGAAUUCUUUAAGCUCAAGGUGCUUCCCGAGCUUAUCAAGUCUGUUGAAUUCGGUGGGGGCGGCCCAAAGGCUCUCGGCGUCGUGCUCAAAAUCGCGGCCAAGUUGUCCAAUGAAGAUUUCGAGACCAAACUCAAUCCCUUUCUCAUUCGAGCUUUUGCCAACCCCGACCGAGCGAUUCGAGUCUGCCUGCUGGACAGCCUUCCGUUGAUGAUUGACCGACUAUCACAGAAGAUGGUGAACGACAAGAUCUUCCCUCAGAUAGUGACUGGCUUCACCGACGUACAACCCGUGGUGCGAGAGCAAACACUCAAGUCUGUUCUCGUUCUCAUCACCAAGCUUUCCGACCGGACUAUCAACGGCGAGCUUCUUAAGCAUCUUGCAAAGACCGCCAACGAUGAGCAGCCCGGCAUUCGCACCAACACGACCAUAUGCUUGGGCAAGAUUGCUCGAUAUCUCGGCACCUCCUCGCGUUCUAAGGUGCUCAUUGCCGCUUUUACGCGAUCUCUGAGGGACCCUUUCGUCCACGCCAGAAACGCAGCGUUGAUGGCUCUUGGAGCAACAUCCGAAUACUUUUCAGAUGAGGAUGCUGCAGCCCGGAUUCUGCCCGUAGUUUGCCCUCUGCUCAUCGACAAGGAAAAGCUCGUGCGGGACCAAGCCACGCGCGCUAUGGAUGUCUAUGUUCAAAAAGUUCGUAAGGCGGCUGCGGACAUGCCCGAUACCGUGCUCCCUCCUCCGCAGGCUGCCGACGCACAGCCAACGCGCAUGGGCACGCCUCAGUCCAGUGGCUCGUCCGGUUGGACUGGCUGGGCGAUUUCGUCCUUCACCAACAAGAUCUCUUCCGCUGCCGGUGACAUGCAGACGGCAAAUGGAGCCAGCCACGCGCCCAACCAGCCAUCGUCUGCCCAGGGACUGGACCCCAAGCGGCCCGCGAUGGCUUCAGCAUCGUCGCUUCACCGACAAAUUGUAACUUCACCACAGCCUGGCGCAUCUGGGACGUCAUCUCCCACAGCUAGCGCGGUAGCCGAUGCUUUCUUCCAGGAUGACAAUGCUGAAGAUGCGGGAGACGCCUGGGGCGACAUGGGUGACAUGGAUGAUAACGAGGAACCGGAGACUGCAGAACCCACAAAGAACGUCACGAAAGCUCCUGCGGUUAUGAGCGCCGCGCCGUUUGACGAGGCCGAGCCAGAUUUCGCUGGAUGGCUAGCAGCACAGGCGCAAAAGAAGAAGCCAGGCGGCAAGUCGUUACCGAAGGGCUUGUCCAAGUCUACAACGACAAAGAAACCGGCGACCAAAGUCGCAGCCAAGCCUGUCGUGGCCAAGAAGAUCGAUAUGAAACCAAAGGAGACCGACGACGAUGACGGCUGGGGCGAUGGGUGGUAAUGGGGCCCAGGUGUUACGGCCGCGAGUCUAUUGACGUCAAUGCAUGAUGAAUCUACUGGCGCAAAGGCAGCAUUGGGAUACUUUUUGUGAGAUAUAACGAACCGGCGCGCUCGUCGUCGGACUCGGAGAGUCGCCUGUUUGCAAUUGAACGCCCACAGCUUGGCUCGUGGGUUGAAUACACAUGGAUACACUUGGAUAUGCAUGAAGAGAAAGACC